CUGCGCGCCUGCGCGCCUGCGCGAGGGCGGGCGGCGGGCGCGCGCGCGCGCGCGGCGGGGGCGGGCUUUACUGAGCGCCCAGCUGCAGUCGCCGAGCCGGACGUGUCCGCGAAGAUGGCGGGCCGGAGUAUGCAAGCUGCAAGAUGCCCUACAGAUGAAUUAUCUUUAACCAAUUGUGCAGUUGUGAAUGAAAAGGAUUUCCAGCCUGGCCAGCAUGUGAUUGUGAGGACUUCUCCCAACCACAGGUAUACAUUUACACUGAGGACCCACCCAUCAGUGGUUCCAGGGAGCAUCGCAUUCAGCUUACCUCAGCGAAAGUGGGCUGGACUUUCUAUUGGGCAAGAAAUAGAAGUAUCCUUAUAUACAUUUGACAAAGCCAAACAGUGUAUUGGCACAAUGACCAUCGAGAUUGAUUUCCUGCAGAAAAAAAGCAUUGACUCCAAUCCUUAUGAUACUGACAAGAUGGCAGCGGAAUUCAUUCAGCAGUUCAACAACCAGGCGUUCUCAGUGGGACAGCAGCUUGUAUUUAGCUUCAAUGAAAAGCUUUUCGGUUUGCUGGUAAAGGAUAUCGAAGCCAUGGAUCCUAGCAUCCUGAAGGGAGAGCCUGCGACAGGAAAAAGACAGAAGAUUGAAGUAGGACUGGUUGUUGGAAACAGUCAAGUUGCAUUUGAAAAAGCAGACAAUUCAUCACUCAAUCUUAUUGGCAAAGCUAAAACUAAGGAAAAUCGCCAGUCUAUCAUCAAUCCUGAUUGGAACUUUGAAAAAAUGGGAAUAGGAGGUCUGGACAAAGAAUUUUCAGAUAUUUUUCGACGAGCAUUUGCUUCCCGAGUAUUUCCUCCAGAGAUUGUGGAACAGAUGGGUUGCAAACAUGUUAAAGGCAUCCUGUUAUAUGGGCCCCCAGGUUGUGGUAAGACUCUCUUGGCUCGACAGAUUGGCAAGAUGUUGAAUGCAAGGGAGCCCAAAGUGGUCAAUGGGCCGGAAAUCCUUAACAAAUAUGUGGGAGAAUCUGAGGCUAACAUUCGUAAACUCUUUGCUGAUGCUGAAGAGGAGCAAAGAAGGCUUGGUGCUAACAGUGGUUUGCACAUAAUCAUCUUUGAUGAAAUUGACGCCAUCUGCAAGCAGAGAGGGAGCAUGGCUGGUAGCACAGGAGUUCAUGACACUGUCGUCAACCAGUUGCUGUCCAAAAUUGAUGGGGUAGAGCAGCUGAACAACAUCUUAGUCAUUGGAAUGACCAACAGACCAGAUCUGAUAGAUGAGGCUCUCCUUCGACCUGGAAGACUGGAAGUUAAAAUGGAGAUAGGCUUACCAGAUGAGAAGGGUCGACUACAGAUCCUUCACAUCCACACAGCAAGGAUGAGAGGGCAUCAGUUACUCUCUGCUGAUGUAGACAUUAAAGAACUGGCUAUAGAGACCAAGAAUUUCAGCGGUGCUGAACUGGAGGGUCUGGUGCGGGCGGCACAGUCCACUGCUAUGAACCGACACAUAAAGGCCAGCACUAAAGUAGAGGUGGACAUGGAGAAAGCAGAGAGCCUGCAGGUGACAAGAGGAGACUUUCUUGCUUCUUUGGAGAAUGAUAUCAAACCAGCAUUUGGCACAAACCAAGAGGAUUAUGCAAGUUACAUUAUGAAUGGUAUUAUCAAAUGGGGCGAUCCAGUUACUCGAGUUCUAGAAGAUGGGGAGCUGCUGGUUCAGCAGACUAAAAAUAGUGAUCGUACACCCCUGGUUAGCGUCCUUUUGGAAGGCCCUCCUCAUAGUGGGAAGACUGCUUUAGCUGCAAAGAUUGCAGAGGAAUCCAACUUCCCCUUCAUCAAGAUCUGCUCUCCUGAUAAGAUGAUUGGCUUUUCUGAGACAGCCAAGUGUCAGGCCAUGAAGAAGAUCUUUGAUGAUGCAUACAAAUCCCAGCUUAGUUGUGUGGUUGUAGAUGACAUUGAGAGACUGCUUGAUUAUGUCCCCAUUGGCCCUCGAUUUUCUAAUCUGGUAUUACAGGCUCUUCUCGUGUUACUGAAAAAGGCACCUCCUCAGGGCCGCAAGCUUCUUAUCAUUGGGACCACUAGCCGCAAAGAUGUCCUUCAGGAGAUGGAGAUGUUGAACGCUUUCAGCACCACCAUCCAUGUGCCCAACAUUGCCACCGGAGAGCAGCUGUUGGAAGCUCUGGAGCUUUUGGGCAACUUCAAAGAUAAGGAACGUACCACAAUUUCACAGCAAGUCAAAGGGAAGAAGGUUUGGAUAGGAAUCAAGAAGUUACUAAUGUUGAUCGAGAUGUCGCUACAGAUGGAUCCCGAAUACCGUGUGAGAAAAUUCUUGGCCCUCUUAAGAGAAGAAGGAGCUAGCCCCCUUGACUUUGAAAACGGACUCUUUGCACACACACAGUGACCAAGGGAAGUGACCAAGGUGAAGAUGGCCUGGGAUCUUCACUCAACUCAAGAUCCUGGACAAAGUCAAACAGUCCCUACCUUCAACACGUGCUCACUCUGCAUGAUUAGUGCAAUAAAACUCCCUCCCUUGUGCUUACUCAGAUAUUCUGCUGUUUUGUGGAAGGUACAAAUUUGCUUUAGAAUGCUGUGCUUACCUUUCUGUGCAAGCUAAGAUGAUUUCUUCUUCCUCGGUCUUUAAGUGCGGGUGAUGUACUACACUUGUGAACACUACACGUUUUAAGCUCCCCACCGCCAUCGCCACCCAGCCCUCUCAGUAAACGUAACAAUGUUCCAAGACAACACUUGGCUUCUUAGAAGGAAGACUUUCUAGAUGUAAACCAGGAAGAGUGACUGGAAGUGUGGGUUCAAAGGGAUUAUCUUACAACUCUCCUGUGCUAACACUAAAGGUACUUGGGUAUUUGGUUUAGGUUCUCCCAGAAAACUGGUGGUUAUCUUUGCCUGAGGGAACAGGGCUUUGAAUUUCGAAAUGCUGUUCUCAAUCAUUUUCAGAGAUGUUUCCAAGUUGCAGUCCAAAGAUCUUUCUUAAUAGGAAGUCUGAUUAUUACAGUGUUGGCCGUGGCAUAUCCUCAAUGUUACUGACUUGCUCUGUGGUAAGAGAUCUGCUAACCGUUACCGCUUGGUAGCUUGUUGUUCAAGACUUGUUAAAGACCCAUGUGGAAAAAGCGUACACCCCUAAAUAGAAAGGAGUCGUUACAAUAAAAUCAUUUAUAAACUUUCAGCACGUUACUAGUGUCCAAUUCUAAAUGGGACAAUUCUUUGUAAUAUUAAAGGCUUAUUAGUAUCCUUAGCUUAACAACUUAGAAUUUAUCCUUCCUUUAUUUUAAACCAUCUGUACUCUCUAGCAUCUGUUAAAUAAAACACUUUUCUCCAGAAGACACUGUUUUCUAGCCCUUGCCCUCUGAGUCUUUUAACAUCCAUUCCAGUACAUUUAACACAUUUCCUUUACCCUCUACACUCUUCUUCCAAAGGGAAGGAGAGCCCGUGGUUUGUCUUAUAACGGAGUCAAAAGGAAUUAAUUAGGUCAUCAUAUUUGUGAUGAGACUUACAGAGCAGGCCACUCUCUCCCCACUGCUGCUUAAAACGCAGGGACAGGCAAUCAGAAGCCAUCUGAAGGGGCUUUAUGCCGCCCAGGGACUUGUUGCCACAGUGGCACUUGGGUGUAGUUCUGUCAUUUGUCCCCGUGGUAGAAGGCAAAUUGUCUCCAGAUCUUGCCAUGUAUGUAUUUUUGGUUGACUUCAGUGUCAUAUCUAUCUUGUUUUGGGUUUUCAUCCCUAGCUUAUUUUGUGGCUUUUUAAAAAGUGGAUUGUAUUGUAUAAUUCUGUGAUUCCCGGUGGCCAGUAUCUUGGAUUCCCUUAUCUGUUUUACAGCUUGCCUCUUUUCUCUUCCUGUGAAAGCAGCACACAUUGUAUUAACUUAUGUCUCUUGUUAAAUGAGGUUGAUUUCUUGGUGUUUUGUCCAAAACUAUAUUGAAAAAUAUAAAUAUAUUGUUUAAUGCAAAUGAAGGAAUGCAAUAAAGAAUAUCUAUACUUGAAAA